AAAAAAAAACAAAAACUAAAUGAGCCACCUUCGUGCUACACGAGGUUAACAUGCGGCCACAACAGUCUCGCGGUCUCUGUGUCUUUCAGCGGUUCUAAACAUUUUCAGCUCGAUAGCCACCAAUUCGUAAGUCCUUCUCGCGUUCCACCCUUGAAUUUUGUGACAUUGCUGUACUCAUUAAUUCUAUACAACUACUCGUUUUUUAAUUUAUGUCGUCUGCUAUUAUGAUAACAUGGCGUACCAGUGAUGGCCCACGUGACUUAGUUGGAAGUCCGCUGACGUUAAGGGUGUUGUCAUUCACGGUUCACCAAGCUUAUUCAACAGGCUUGCUUUGAUAUAACAUUUAUUCACCAUGACGUAACCACGUCUGCUAUCGUUGGGAAAUACCUGCAAAAAUUGUCCUUGUGAAAGGCUGAGACCCAGGGAUAUCAUAACACACCCGUAGAGGUGAACAGACUAUUACUAGGAGAAACCAACGACUGAAUUAAAAUAGCGAUACUUUAUUUGUUUAAGGAGAUUGUUGUCUCAGUAACGAUGUUUUCUCUUGACAUACAAGGGAGAUCAACUCGCACAAGCAAUGUUUAAGUAUUACAAAGAAUUGGACAGCUGUGUAUGAAGUUUGAAUGUCAAGUAUCAUGCUAACAGUGGCAGUGUUCCUAUGUUUAUUAAGCUCCGUAUGGCUGGCGUCACUAGUACACACUGAGCAUCAGUCGGGGGUCAGCACUGAUAACUUCAGCAAGUAUGUACUCAGACAAAACGCUUCCUUGAAACAUUUUAUUUUGAGCUUAAAUGUAGACGAGAUCAAACAAUCUCAAAGUAAUAAGCAGGCUGGAGCUUCGAAUCUAUCACCGUGUUCUGUUCUAAAUAAGGUCGUCGACUGUUCCAGUCUAUCUCUCGAGACUAUCCAUCCUUCUUGGUUCCCUAGCGACGCUCACGUCAUCUUGCUAAACAACAACCACUUAACAAGUCUGGUGGAUUCUAGUUUUGCCCACGUUUCUAAUCUAACAGACUUGGAUCUGUCCAGCAAUGAAAUAUCGCACCUGGCGCCAAGAGCAUUCCGCGGUCUUACAAACUUAACAACUCUCAAUUUAAAUGACAACAGAUUGUGCCUGAAUACCAAACAUUUCUCGGAGCAAACGUUCUCAGAUUUACCAAAUUUAAAAGUGUUGAAUAUUAUCCAGGACACUGACCUCAGAGACUGUAACGUCUCCCACACAUAUUUAGAACCGCUGAGAAAGCUGCAGCGUUUAUCCAUUGGCGCCAAUGAAGAAGUUUUGUAUUUUGGUUCAGAGUUUCGCAGCCUUACAAAUCUCGAAGCUUUAGAAGUAACAGGCUCGGCUCAGGUCAUCCACGACAAAACAUUUGAGAACCUCGGAGCUAUACAAGAGCUACACUUGAAGAAUAUGAACAAUCUGUUUAACAUAAGUAGCUCUGUAUUCGUCCCUCUGCCUCACUUACUCAGUCUGAAAAUGGAAAACGUCUUGGUUGACGUGCAGUACGCACUGUCACUUCUAGAACCGUUCGUCGGAAAAAAUAUGACAGAGAUUUAUUUUAAUAUUGUCAGCACAACCCGAGAAAAGGCCACGCCUAAUAAAAACGGCCUCCUGACCCGCAAAGACACAAAGUAUUUGCUUCAGAUCUGCGUGCGUAGUUUUACGCUAAUCAACAGUUACAUAUCGUACAUUUCAAUGAACGCGUUUGGCUACUCGAGUGUAUGGAGCGACUGUUUGUAUAAUCUGUUUGUUUCAGAUAACCCUCUUCAAGGGAGCAGCUCGGCAAUGUUUCCUCUGACUAAAUAUACACAUUUAGAAACGAUCACUGUAGAAAAGGCUUUGAGGUCGUGUGAUAGAUUUCAUGAUUUCCAGUACUCAAAAAAAGAAGCAGCUUUGGAUACAUUGAGAAAACGCAGAGAAGUCGCAGCUUUGGAUACAUUGAGAAAACGCAGAGAAGUCGCAGGUUUGGAUACAUUGAGAAAACGCAGAGAAGUCGCAGGUUUGGAUACAUUGAGAAAACGCAGAGAAGUCGCAGGUUUGGAUACAUUGAGAAAACGCAGAGAAGUCGCAGGUUUGGAUACAUUGAGAAAACUCAGAGAAGUCGCAGGUUUGGAAGACAAAUUUGAAAUGAAUGCGGUAGGGAAUGAGACGUUUACGAGCGACGCCGGUGCUCCAAACUUUAUAAUUAUUAAACUACCUGUAAGUUUGAGAAGCCUUCAAAUGAGUCGUCUGGUUAGCUCUGUAGCGCUGGACGUCAAUCUUCUAUUUCUUGGUGCUGCGAAUGUUGACUAUCUGGACGUCUCUGACAACGGCUUCAAAACAUUUGAUGGAAACAUACAAGGGCUACACUCUUUAAAGACGGCUGUAGUGUCUUUGAACGACAUGAGAGAGCUGAAAGAAUCGUUUUUCGACGGAUUUUUUGGCUUAGAGAAGUUGUUUCUUUCUAAAUGUGAAUUACAAAGAGAUUUUAUGGCUUUGCACAGUAGCCGAGUUUUUCAAAACCUUUCAAACCUUCAGAGCCUUGACCUUUCGUACAACUAUUUAAAUGAUUUAAGCCAAGGUACACUUUAUUACAACCCAAAAUUAGUCUGGCUAAAUUUGUCAGAUAACCAAUUCAAUCGUAUCCCUUUUGAUUUGAAAGACACUCCAAACCUUCUAGAACUUGACGUUAGGAACAACGCGAUCUCUACACUUAGUAAAAGUAUAACUACUGAGCUUGAUCAGUUGGCGUUAAGAAAUGGGAAAUUGAAGUUUUGGCUAAGUGGUAAUAUUCUUUCCUGUGGCUGCCAAGAUUUAAACUUCCUGCACUGGCUAAGUUCCACCAUGGUUACAUUAGACCAGGGAGGUAAUUUCACAUGUAUGGACAGAAAUGGAGAAAGGAGUUAUACAAUGCGUUAUUCACACGUUGACACCCUGUGGAGAGAAUGCUGGGGUCAAUACUUUCUCUACUUGGCUAUAAUCAUCUUGUGCUUCUACUUAAUUGGAGUAUUUUUAUUGGUGUUGGUCCAGAGGAAUAAAACCUUUUUAGUUUCGUUUUUCUUACAACUUCUUGGAAAUUUUAAACUGCUCAAGAGAGGAGACUAUCCCAUCGAUGUUUUUGUGGGCUACUCUGAUGAAGACUAUCACUUCCCUUGCAGAGUACUGCGACUUUACUUAGAGGACGUUUUAAAGCUGAAAACGUUCCUGAACGACCGUGAUCUAUUGGCGUCACUGAGCAAAGCAAGUGGUAUAGUGGACGCUAUAAACUCGAGCUAUAGAAUCUUGCUUGUGUGCAGUGAGUCAUUCUUGAAGGACGAUGACUGGUCUCUGUUCACCAUGAGGGCAGCGAUGUAUGCCCAGAGUCAGGCCAAUCCCUCCAGGGUUGUGGUCGUAGUGCACGAGAGUUGCCUCCACCUGUUGCCAACUGAACUUCUGAGUGUUGUCAACGAGGAAAACAUCUUGGUUGUUUCUGGGUGGAAAUUGAACUAUGAGAUUACAGAAAUGUUAAGAACUCGUCUGCAGUGAUGGGUUAAUAUAUGUAUGGGUUUUGUCUGGGUGGAGACAGCUACACGAUUUGGGGAAAAUUAAGUGCACGUCUGAAGUGACGACUAUUACUUUUUGAAAGCUAAAAAUGUUCCUUAUUUUUUUUCUUUAAUUAGUUUGACUCGAUGAGUAUUCCAGCUCCUCCAUUCAUGGUGGCUUUAUGGGAUGAGCCAUCCUUGUAAACUACGGUCCACUGAUUGCUAGGAUAAUGAGUUUGUAGGAAACAGUUCACUAUUUCCUUGAGCUCUGUUGUAAUGUAGUCAGAUUUUUAAAUUAUAUUUUCAAUAUGGUCUCUUAUAGUAGGAAGAGAGCUUUCGUCCCAGGGUGGAGAUUCAUUAUGAUGUAUCGUGGAUUCCAGAGCUAUUUUUUCAAGUUGGUGUUUCUUUUUUGAGUUUAGAGAUUCCUGUAUGAUUUUUGGUCCUUUUGAGUCGGUUUUUAGUGCCAGUUUUGAAGAUUUUUGUUCUGAGUGGGUGCCUCUCCAAGGUUUCCAAUUUAGUGAAUCAGGAAAGGAUUUUAAAUAAUUUUUUAAAAAUUUCUGAUUGAUCCGAGAUUAAGUGUGGGAGAAAUAAUGUGAACAAACUUUUUACCUGACAGACAAACAGACAGAGUGAGUUGAUAUAACCUUAAAAAAAAAGAAGCAUUUUAAAAUUGUGAAAUUUGUGGUCCUAUCAUGAUGCUAUUGAUAAAGUUGUCUUCAGAUCUUUAUACAAUAUGUUCCGUCCAAUUGUACUACGUUUUGAUCAAGAUACAUUCCCCAGAGCUAAAGUCAAUAACCAUUGUAAUAGCUGCAUGAUAGUAAAUACAUAAAUCUUACAAGUCUCAAGGUCCACACGUGGGGUGAAGAACUGGAAAACCUACAUGUGGCCGAGACUAAAAAAAAACACAGUACUUUGCUAUGUAAUAAUUGAUUACUUUGUGUUUUAUCUAUAGUACAUUAUAAAUAUUUUUUAACCCAUAUUCACAAGCACCUAUCCAGCGUCAAAGCGUGCACCUUUAUAUAUUUUGUCAUUUACCACUGUCAGUAUCUCCGCAAUAUUUAUGAUCUGUUUUAUUGACUAUGACGUUGUUUUUUGUGUGAAUUUGACCUUUAUUAUGUUUUGAGAUUUUGAAAAUGGCCAGUGAGUAGUUUGAAUAUAGAGAUCAAGUGGGAAGCGUGGUCUACGGGCUAAGUACGCUUGAACUUGGUUUGGCUUGGCUACCUAUGAAGGGGGCUCGAGGUUCGACACCCGACUCGGGCAGAGUUGUGUUUACUUCUCCUAGAUACCCUCCCCCCCCCCCAACUGGUCCACAACUGAGAUUGGAACAAAGCGCUCUGAGCAUGCUAUAAGCAUGAAAGUAGCGCUAUAUAAAAGCCAUAAUUUAUUAUUAUUUAUUAUUUAUUAUCAAGUAGCCAUGUGACUGUUAACAGGAGCCCGUGAUGUUGAGUUAUAUUUAUAUAUGUAAUUCUCUUCGUGGUCCAACCAUGCGGGACAAUGAGGAAAAAAGUCAUGGAAAAAUAACUCUUUUAUUUCUGCAAGUCGGACUAGAGUUAUCCCACGUAACUUUCGCGGUGACAGAGAGCUGGGGUCAAAAAAAAAAAAAAAGGUGGGAGGGGUAUGCUACGCCGCGGUCGGCUCGUGUAUUCUAUUGGUCCAAUGUAUGAUCUCAUUUUCUUAACUUUGCCUUGCUCUUCAUAUUUAGUAGUGAGUGAAAUAAUUGAUAUUGUUUGGUGUAACGAAGCAUAAUGAAGCUAGUUUUAUUUAUAGUUCUCUGCAACCAUCUCCAUAGCAACGAACUCUCGCAGCAAGCAGGCUUUCUUGGAAAAUAAUGGAAUUCAAUGACCAUAAAAAGAGAAACAAAGAUUUGGUGGGGUGAAAGGCGUGGCUUUUUUUUUUUUUGCAAAUACAGAGAGAUUUUAAGGAAUCAAAAGUUUUGUAAAGGAUGGGCAAAGUCUGUUGUAGAAAAAAUCUAGUUGAUUUAAGUUGUACUUUGAGUUGUAGAACCAGAACCAUUGUUAGAUCUAGUUAAUCUAGUUGUAGUUAUGAGCUUGAACGAAGAGAGUUAACUUGUUGAAUUGUAUUGUACAGUGUGUACAUUUUUAUUCAAGUAAUUCCUAGUUCCAGAAUUAAAGCUUUGUACUUAGUGAUGAAGGAUCUUCAUUGUUUGUAUUAAUACUUACA